AUGAUAACUUAUGUUUCAUCAUUACCCACAACUCUUGAAUCUGGACUACCCGGAUUUUCGAACCAUUUAGAAAAACGUGAAUCGGUUAAAGGACCCCUUAUAUCAAAGAAAUCUGAUUUCACAUUUUUCUGGGUUGAAUUCGAAAAUGGUUUUAAAUCUACAAAAACAGUUGAUAUUAAAACAUGUAAUGGUAAAAAGCUUGCAACAGUGAAUAAAGGUUUUGCUGAUGCCAUGAAAAUAGAAGGGACCGGUGUCGCCAAGGACGGUCGAGUUUUUAACCUUGAUGAUUGUGAUUGUGGUUCAUCAUAUGCUUGCUUUUUCCAAUUAGACAAAACAAAAUUUCCAUUUGGCAUUUCGUCAAGUGGUGUACCAUUAGUUCCUUUUGUCACUGUAGCAGCCAAUGAUAUUAAGAAAGGAACAUUGCUCUAUAUUCCAAAACUUGAUGGAAUAGUAUUACCGAACGGUAAAACCCAUAAUGGUUGUGUUAGAGCCGAUGAUGAAGGUUUCUCAUUUGAAGAUAAACAUAUUGAUUGGUUUGUAGCAAGGGAAUCAAAUUUCAAAACUUUGAUAAAGAAAAACAAUUUCUCAACCGUUGAAGUAUUUAGUGGCACUUCAUCAAAUGGACAAAAAUGUACUAUUUUAAAUUAUUCAUAG